AAACAAUGUUGUAAAUAUUUUUAUUUAUUGUUUUCAUUCUGUUUAACAUUUCCGCAUCCGUAAGCAAACGCAGCAAAUCCUAAGAAUUAAACAAUGGCAUUUAAUUAUUUAAAACUAGAGCGGAAAAUAUUAAAUUAGUCUCCUCUGAUACAUCACAACAUAAACAGUGUAUUGAAGAUGAAGUUCCCACCAAUUUCUUUCGCAAUUUUUCUCACGAUCUUGAUUGUCGUUAUAAGCUUUUCCCAUGCUUCAGUAUCGGAUAAUACGAUUAAGAACAUAAAUAAAGAAAACAACAACAACAAGGUGAAAGGCCACCACCAUGCAAACAACCACACCCACCCCACCGACCCUUGUCCAUGCACUUGUGGGGUGUUUUUGUCCGGUCAGUUUAAAAAGGGCUCCAAAGACCAACCCAAAGGGAAUCCGGUACUUGUACAGGAAAUGGAUGGGACCUCCACGGGAAACAAACAGUGCAUUAACAAAUGCUUGGAACUGAUUGUAAGGCACUUAUCUAAAAGCAAUGAUAUUAUAUGUGCGAUGGUUGACCGCGAUUGUGUGAAAGAAAAGGCCUACUUGUUCGUAAAAAACCACAGUUGCACGUGGCACAAUUCAAAUCUUUCCGCUGGGAGAGAGUUUUGUUGCAAGGAUAAUCAGGCGGUCAAAUGUAAUUCUAACAGCUAGAAGUUUCUUUUUGCUUUAGGUACAAUUUAUUAAGUUAAAAUAUUAACGUCGGUCGUCAGUAUUUUUUUAAAUGUAAAUGU